AUAGGACCAAAAGGCUAUAUCCUAUCACAUAGAUUUUUGGAAAUAGGGGCAGAUAUUUAUAACAUGGAAAUACGACCGAGCGAUGUAUUUGUUGUUACAUAUGCACGAUCAGGUACCACGUGGACUCAAGAGUUGGUAUGGCUAGUUGCGAACGAUUUGGACUACGAUACAGCAAAAUCAGUUUAUUUAACGGAAAGGUUUCCGUUUCUGGAAUUCUCGAUGAUGGUCCAUCCGACAAUGAUACAGCGUUACCUAGAAAAUAGUCAUGGAGAUGAGAAAAAGCAGAAGGAAAUUAAAAUCAUAACGUCGCAUGUCGUGAAACAAGUGGAGGAGGCGCCUUCCCCUCGUUUUAUUAAAACACAUCUCCCGCUCUCCCUGUUGUCACCAAAGUUGCUUGACGCUAAAGUAGUGUACGUAGCAAGAGACCCGAAAGAUGUCGCUGUCUCAUUCUACCAUUUAUGCAGUUCAAUGACAUUCAUGGGAUGGACGGGUGACUUCAAACAAUUUUGGGAAUUGUUCAUUAGCGAUUUACAAUAUUGGUCACCGUUUUUUGAACAUUUGAAGGAGGCUUGGGCGAUGCGUCAUCAUCCAAAUUUACUCUUCAUAUUCUAUGAGGAAUUACAAAAGGACUUACCAGGGGUGAUAAAACGUGUAUCUGCUUUCAUGGGAAAAAACUACAAUGACGUGGAAGUGGCAACACUCUGUGAACACCUGAACGUUAAGAACUUUAAGAAAAACCCUUCUAUCAACAACGAACAGUUCAAAGAACUUGGCCUAACGACACCUGACUUGGAAUUCAUCAGAAAGGGCAAAUCAGGCGGUUGGCGCGACUACUUCGACGAAGAGAUGAUAGCACGGACAGAUAAAUGGGUGGAAGAAAACUUGCGCGAUACAGAUCUCCGAUUCCCAAGUGCAGAAUAGUUCUACCUUUUUAAUACUGUAUAUAACUUUUUAAUUUACAAAUUUAAAUAAAAUUUACUGAAUAUACUAUUAAA